CCAAACUAGGACUUGGUAGGGGAGGGCUGGCCCGCUGCUGCGGCGCAGCCGCUGCCACCCACUCGGCACCUGCAGGACUCCUGCACCACUUCGGAUCAGGUCACGGGGGCUUUUUCCCACUAUCUCCCCUCUUCUUAUCCUGCUCGUCCCUCUCCCUCACGUUUGCUGCUUUUGUUUGUGCUGGGUGGGGGAUGGGAGGGGACCUGGGGGAAGAGGCAGCCCUUAGUUUGUAGGUAUGGCAUUUGGUUCCAGACCACUGUGAAGGGCAAGGGGAGCAGACCCCAGAGUCAUCCCCAACACCCUCAACUUUGCUUCUGUUGAGCGCUGUUUGCUGGCACAGCCUGGAGCAAGCUGAUCCACAGCAGUCCCCAGGGUUCAGGCAAGGGGUCUGUAAAACACAGCGCCAUGGCACUCAGUGGUGCCUGGCUGGUGUUUCUGUGGGGUUUCCUUGCCAGUGGUGUGGUGCCAGACACUCGUUCUGCUGCUUUUGUCCUGCCAGUCCAUGUGGCAUGGGGGUGGCAGCAAAAAAUCUGCAGGUAGCAGAGGACAGGGAAACAGCCUAUGCCUUGCCAGGACCCUUAGUCCCCAGUCAAUUUGCUUUGGGAUAGCUUAGGAAAGCAGGACAGAUUUGUGGCCUCCUGGCAUACCCUCUGGUGCUGGUGGCACUGUGAUUACCUGCUUAUGCCAGGAGCAGUGGGAUUCCUUCCUGAUUCCUGCUGCGGGCUGGAGGGAGGCAUAUGAGUCCCAUCUUUGUGAUCAGCGAUCAGUGCCUGUUGUACGAGUGCCUGACGUUUUCUUGACUUUGCUUUGGGAGGUGCAGAGACUUGCUAGCCCUGGGAUCCACUGCCUGUGUUCUGUAUCUGCCACACUGCAGCUUUGUUGUUACACAGGGUUCACUGCCUCCUCUCUGAGGCUGCUGCCCUGGGCAGACACUGUGUAUUGCCCUGCCUGGGGCAGCACUGGGGCCAGUAGCAAUUUCUGUGCCAGGAUUUUGGCUUUGUGUGCUGGGGAAAAACUAUGAGGCUGCUCUGGGAGUUUGGAUCAAACAGCUGAGCUGUGGGACUGGCCACCCUUUAAAUAGUGUGUCCCUCCUUGUGAGGAGCAGAGCUGUGCAUACUGAAGGAGGGGACCAUCACUGAUAAUGGGAAUCUACAAAAGAAACCACGGUCUGGGUACCUAAACCAACAGAACACCCUGCUGAGGCCCCCGCUGCUUAGCUUCGUGCAUGUCAGUCUGGAAAGGAAGCUCAGAGAGAGAGAGAGAGAAAAAAAAAGAAACUCUCCAAGUCCUUCCCAGCCUGCAUCGCUGUUCCUACUGAUGGGACCAAAAUAGAAACUGUGUGGCCAGCCUCGCCCCCGACCCUUGCUCAGCCUCAGCCCCAGCACCAUCACUGAUGGUAGUGGCUCACCCUCUGCGUUUCAGCCCUGGUUAAUUCAUUGCUCAAGGCUGUCUGUCUUUCUGUUUGGCUCCUCAGCCAAAUGCAGCAACAGAUUGUUUACAUCAGUGCUGUCAGGUUUCUUGAUUGCCAGGAGGCAGAUUAUUUACUGUAGUGGCAUAUAAACUUCAUAACAUUAUGAUGGUGGAAAGUUGUCAAGGGAUAUAAAUGCCCAGAGUCAGCCCAGGAGGCUCCAAGGAGAUGGUUUUGGUUUAAAUUAAGAUAAAACACUAUCUUCCAUGGAUUUUGGGAAGGAAAUCACAUUGUUGUAAUGGGAACAUUACUCUGAAUGUUAGAGCUGGCAAACUCUUCACUUUAUGAAGCCUCUGUGGAGGAUCUGAGCUACUCUGGCAGAUGUGCCUUAAAACAGAUCUCACGCUUGCCCUGAGAAGGUGGUGAAAAGGAGAUGGCAUCAUGCAGAGCUUUGGGUGAGGUGGGAUGGAGCUGCCAUGAGAAGGGUGUUGGGAAAAUGCUAGGAACUGUAUAAAAAGUCUUAGUCCCUUCUGCUCCCAGCCCCUGUUCUUCCCAGAAAAUCAAAUGUGAGUAUUUUCUUGUGAGGGGCCAGGCAUGAAGGUGAGAUGGCUUUUGCCUUGCUUUGGUUGAGGCAUGGCCAAGUGGUGUCCUUCCACCUGGCUUUGCCACUUGGAGAAGCCUACCCUGACAAACUGUCAAACUUUGAUUUCUUUUGUUCUUUUUUGUUUCAUUUCUUUGCCUUGCUACAAUCCCCCCACCUCAAGGCAGCUGCUGGUUCCUGGUGCUGCAUCUGUCACCCUGACAUGCUCAUCACAGAAAUCAUCUUAGAGGCUGUAUCUCCUCCCUGUGGUGUCCCCAGCUCCUGAGCACACCCCAGUACAAGAAGGGUACAGAGACGCUACUCUGACGUAGCUAGCUGUCCUUUGUGAAGCAGUGCUGUCCUGGGGCCUCCAGGCUGGCCACCCAGAGUGCCAGUGACACUGACAGUCUUCUGAGCAACUUGGCAAAUGUGUUUAGAUAUUGCCAGGGGUGCCUUGCUGUCAUAUCCAUGCCCAGUAGCCCUGAGAGGGACCUCUAUGCAGCACGUGCAGGGACCUCAGGAACCACAGGGCUGGGAGGAGGUCCUCUGCAGCUGCAUGCAUCUGACCACCAGCUGGUUUCUAAGCACUUGCCUUGCUUUCUCACUUGCAGAGAGGUCUGAAUUAAUCUUGAUCAGGCCCAGGACUCACUGAGCGAUAAGCUGAGAUACGUCGCCUUCUGAGUGCCCUGCUAGGAUCAGAAAACUGGCUUCUGCAGCCUGGAGGGGCAACCUUACGGUUGCAGCAGUAAUCCCCUCCUCUUCAGGGUGACAGUGCAACUGAGGGUGUCCUUGUCCUUGGCCUGGGAAUACCAUGCUUCUGCAGUUCAGAAGCCUGGAAGUAGCCCAUGUAGGUGGUGGCACUUGUUGCAGUAGAUCACAUGUAUGAAUCUUAAAAUAGAUGAACAUAGCCCAUAGCUCACCCCUCACGGUGCUUUGAAAGGCUCAUGGUUUGGAUGGAGCCUCCCUACCCCUGUGCUGGGGAUAGCCCCAUCUCCUUGCUCACACUGGACCAAAUGUAGGAGAGCUUCUGACUGUUUUAUUUGUGUGACGGUAGGAGAGAUGACAGCUGGAAUGGAAAUUCUGAGUAGAAACAAAGUGCAGUUUGGAAACUUGCUGAUCACUGCACACCUCGCUGCAACCAAACCCUUAGGGGCUGCACCACAUCUUGACCAGCAUUUUCCCUUCCCCAUCUGGCAUGGGGGCACCUUCCUCAGCUGACCUCAUCUGUGCAGGUUGUUCUUGCAAGGUCAGAGAAGCUUGGCUGGGGAGCCCCAGGGAGAGGAGAGGUCGGUGAUGAUGCGUGGGAAGCAGGACGGGAGAGCGGGGACAGGAUCUCAGCAGGGGUGGUGUGAGGACAGCAGUGUACAUGGGAAGAUUGAAUAUCAGAGCACUGAAAGGGCAGUGUGGGAUGUACAAGUUUGUGAUGGGAACAGAUGCUGAAGGCAACCAGUGGUGUGCCAGCAGGGUGGGAAUGAGCAGCAUUUCUCGGGACAGGCUCCUGGGUCCCUCAGUCUCUCCAGUGCCGAGGCAGGCAGGCAGCAGGGAGGCAGAAGCCCAGGAGAUCUUGCUGUCACACAGGAGUGGCUAUUAAUAACACACUUUCCUUGUGGCUGAUUUGUUCCAGUCAAGUGUCUUUGCCAGAGAAGACAGCACGUAAACUGAAAUGGGCUCCUGCUCACACUCUGCCAACUCCAGUGCCACAGCAGCUCCCCAGCACCCACAGCUAGCCAGGAUGUAGGAAUCCAGCCAGCUGCCAUCAGGACAGGUGCUCGUCAUGGAACAGGGCGAAGCUCUCAGACUUGUUUCCCUUGUAGUCCUGUGGCUGGAAAAAAUGCUUUCCAGUCGACUAGUUGGAGGUUUGCUGAAAGGUCAGGAGGAGCUGAUGGUGUUAUUAUGUCCAGACUUCUUUGUGGCUCAAGGCUUGUACAUUAAGUGCCAACAACAUCCUGCAGUAGAGUCCACUUGCCUCCUUUGGUGCCAGGAAAAGUGUGCCAGAUUUGUCACUGUAUGAAAGCAACCUGAGAUCUCUCUUGCUUCUGAGCCGUGGCAGGAAUAGACCAGGCUGCUGGAAGGACAAAGGGAAUAAUAAUGUGGAGGGAGGGCCAAGAGGGUGUAUGGCACAAGAUCCCUCUGCCUAUCGCAGAGAGCUUGUUAAGUAUGGUACAUGGGAGUUUGCUCAAGGGUAGUGAAGCAAAGCAGGAUAGUUGAGCUGAAAAUCCAGAUCCUCUUCCUGAUGUGGGCAAAGAUUAUGUCAUUGGGGACACUGCAUGUUUAGCCCUAAGAGUCAGCCUGUCCGGUUUUGGAACCACCACCACCAAAUGAGGGAUAGCUGCUGGAUAUCUGGAGAGGUAUCUCCUUAACAGCUGAUGCACAAGCUCUAUGUCCACUGCAGUUACAAGAUGCAAGUUUUUUCCUCUUCAAUCUGCUGCGUUUUCCAAGGGCGUUCAUUUUGGGACAUGCUUCUGCUUCAGCAGCAUCUCUGCACUGAGGCCAGGCAGGGUGUUUAGGAUGCUUUGAGAAGUCUGGUAAUAAAAAACACCCUACCUUUCAAGAGCUCUGAUUGCAGAUCAUGAGCAGACCAGAGCUGCUGUCUCGUUAGGUACUCACACAAGGAGUGUGAAAUGAUAGUGUGUAUCUGCUCAUAAGUAGAGUUGAUAUCCCAGUACAUGCAGCAGUACUUACUGCCUUUCCUUUGCACCCUGCAAAUGCCAGGCUGCCUCCAUCCAGCCUCCUUACCUAACUCAGCCAAGUAAGGCAAUCUACAGAGCAGCCACAGGUGCUGACUCCUCUCCAUCUCUGUGACAAACAAUGGAGGUGCUAGUAAUGUGCUGCUGUUAGGCUUCCAGGGCUUAGCUCUUUCCAGGCUCCUCUCUGCCUAGUGCAUGGUUCCCCAGCUGCUCUGCACACAGCUCUGCUAAUGUGUACCAACCAUGGGCAGCCCCGGCAGUUUGUCCAUCUGCUCCACCACCAGCAGCUCUCACACCUGCAAUACACCAUUUGGAGCUCAGGGUGGAAGCGAAAUGCAAGAGGUGGGGAUAUGUACAGCAUAUCUGAGCUGCCACAUGCUGCUGUCGUGGGCUGUCAAAUGGCAAUCUUGUAAUAACCUUCACCACUGGUGGUCAGAGCUUGAUUCCAUGUGCUGUUUACAGACAGCCCUGAAGAUAAAAAGGUCUGCAGUCAGCUAGUGCUCAAACAUAAAUGUCAAACCAAGGUUGUUCUAGCAGAUUUCCUCACGAGACUGGUGCAAAAAGGAAGGAAGCUGUGUUAAGAGGUCUUCCUGCCCACAGUAAGUGGUACAGCAGCUUUGUGCUGGUGGAAUAUCCGGGGCAGGAGGGAACAGCCAUUCAGCUCAUUUGAGGUGCCCUUGGUCAGUAUGUCUCCCCCAGGAACUAAAGCUGGAUGAAAAGGGUCUGUUGAAGUCUGCCACAUCCCGUGUGUUUUAAAAUAUGUUUUUAUUUGUUCAGACAGUUUUUAAUACCUGUUGGUGAUGAUGCUCAUUGGCAGCCAUCUGAACAUGAUCCAGCGUGUGCCAAGUGGCCACAAAAGCCAACAGCAUCCUGGCCUGUAUCAGUAAUAGUGUGGCCAGCAGGACUAGAAGGUGACUGUUUGCCUGUACUCUACCUUGUUGAGUCUCUAGUCUAAAUAUCUACUAAUAAUAGGUAUUUAAAAUACUCUAUGCCCUUGAGGUGGGUAGGGGAGAUGCCUUGCACAGCAUGGAAAUCAUUGAGAGUGGUGGUGGUGGUGGUGGCUUGUGUCUGCUUGGCAGGCUGCCAUGAUCGAGUCCCCUGCCUUGGGAGCAGUUGAAGAGAAGUUUGCUUCUACCAAAUUGUGGGGUUUGGUAUUUGUUUUGGUUUUUUUUUUUUAAGUUGGCCUUGAAUAAAUUCUCUAGCAGCAGAAGAGAGGUGGCAGCUGGAGGGUGGGAAAUGAAGCACUGUCUCUGCAGGAGGGGAGAACUGGAGCUAGCCAGACUCAGCUCCUUCCACUCAGGCCUUUGCGUGGUGAGCCACUGCCACUGAAAAUGUUGCAGCACCUUCCACCUGUGGUUUUCAACAGACUGCUGCAGUGUCUAGGGAGCCUGUCAAGCUUUGAGGGCUGGGCAGGGAAAGCAUGAGCUUUCCAUAAAGCUCUUUCUCCCAUGAGACAGAAGACUUGCUCAGGACAGAUGGGAUGAUCUUCCUAAAUCUCCUCUGCCCUGCUCCAGCCUCUCCCAGCUUCCAGCUCUCCCAAAUGGCUUCUACCAAAUUUUCCUGCCCUGGUUUUACUGGCCUGGUUAAUUUUCUUCUGUAGGACUCACAACGGCUUAAUUUAAAUAUGCUACAAAUUUUGUGGGACUGGUGCUUAGCCAGAGUGGUUCCUGUGGGGAAAUUAGGGGUGGAUCAGCAUCAGGAGAGUGGUGGGGGUAAUUAAGGUGCCAGGGCUGAUUGGCACCUCGGGGUGCACAGGGGCUCUGCUUAGUGGAGAGCAGGGAAUGCAGAGGGUCCCAGCUAGGUGGUGACACCUGCCCUGCCAUUGCAGCCCUCUGGGCUAGGCUGUGAGACUUGUGGAGCACUAAAGCUGUGGGGAGCAAUACCCUAAUACACGCCUCGGGUAGCAUUGGCGUGUCUCCCACUCCUUGCUUCACCCCUCUGUCCCCUGCUUCCCCCUGUCCCCCUGCCCUGACAGCCACAGCGUUAGCUGGGACUCACAGGGGAGCCUACUUAAUUCCCGGUCUCUGUGUUAACAGCCACCAUCCGGAUGCAAUGGAAACCUUUUUUAGGCGGCACUUCGGGCGGAAAGGGCUGCGGCGCACCAGCGUGGUGGCUGUGCCCACGGGCAAGGCCAGGCGUCGCUCCCAGGUGGGGCUGCCCUCCACCUCGCUAGCCCAGUGCCGCCGUGGCUCAGGCGCCCCGGCAGCAUCCCUCUCCUGCCUGGGCUUGGUCCGGCGUCCUGGCACCCGUCGCCGCUCCAGCACCACGCCGCCCUGCCUCAGCCCCAGGUUUGCCGUGCAGAAGAAGCGCGGGGGCCAGGCACAAGCCAUUGAUGCCCAGCUGCUGGGUCCCACUGUCCUCCUGGCCAGCCUCAUUCCCACGGGACAGGAGGGGGACAGGGCUCACUGCACCGACAGCUCCAGAUCUGAGUCUCCAGAAGACGGUGGUGCAGGAUCUGAGCAGGGCCAGCAUGAGCAUUGUGCUGAGGAGACGUGGCUGGCCAUGCUGCCCCAGCUGCGGCCGCUGCAGGCAGGGCUGCUGUCGCGGGGCCCCCGCUGCCUGCGGCGCGCCUCCUCCCACCGCCUGCCCACCGAGGUCAUGUACGGCCGGGCCGCCUACGGCCUGCCAGGCCGCUACCGCCGCCUCAGCCAGCGCCGGCGCUCCAGCGACGCCCCUCAGCCUGGGCUGCUCCCCUGUGGGCGCCCACGGCUGCUGGCCCAGCGCUGUGCCCGAGCGGCUGGAACCGGGUGCCCCUCUGCCACCCUCGUCGAGGGUUUGGGACCGGAGCCCACGUGCCACACCACCCCGGACGGCUGGAGCCCCCGGCUGCUGAAAGCAAUUGCCAAAUCCAGUCUCCAGCACAUGGUAGCCCAACCAAACCCAGCACUAGCCAUGAGGAACGACUCGGAGAGGCAGAUACGCAGCACUGUGGAUUGGAGCGAGGCUGCGGUCUAUGGGGAGCACAUCUGGUUUGAGACCAAUGUCUCUGGGGACUUCUGCUACGUUGGGGAACAAAACUGCAUGGCAAAGCUUCUGCAAAAACCUCUCUCCAGGCGUAAAUGUGCAGCCUGCAAGAUCGUAGUGCAUACACCCUGCAUUGAACAGCUGGAGAAAAUAAAUUUCCGCUGCAAACCUUCCUUCAGGGAGUCAGGAUCCCGGAACAUACGGGAGCCCAUUGUUGUCCGACAUCACUGGGUGCACCGGAGGCGGCAGGAAGGGAAAUGCCGGCAGUGUGGCAAGGGUUUUCAGCAGAAGUUUGCCUUCCACAGCAAAGAGAUUGUAGCUAUCAGCUGCUCCUGGUGCAAACAAGCGUAUCACAGCAAAGUAUCAUGUUUCUUGCUGCAACACAUUGAAGAGCCCUGCUCACUGGGGGCUCAUGCUGCUGUCGUUGUUCCUCCCACCUGGAUUCUGCGGGUCCGGCGGCCCCAGAAUCCACUGAAAUCCAGUAAGAAGAAGAAGAGGACAUCAUUCAAGCGGAAAUCCAGCAAAAAGGGGGCCGAGGAAGGGAGGUGGAAGCCCUUUGUCAUCAAGCCCAUGCCAGCUCCUCUCAUGAAGCCCUUGCUGGUGUUUGUGAAUCCCAAGAGCGGUGGGAAUCAGGGAUCCAAGAUCAUCCAGUCCUUCAUGUGGUAUCUCAACCCACGGCAAGUUUUUGACCUCAGCCAGGGUGGACCCAAGGAGGCGCUGGAGAUGUACCGAAAAGUCCACAACCUGCGGAUCCUGGCGUGCGGGGGAGACGGCACGGUGGGCUGGAUACUCUCCAUUCUGGACCAGUUACGCAUCAACCCACCUCCUCCUGUGGCCAUCCUACCUUUGGGGACAGGGAACGACUUGGCCAGAACACUGAACUGGGGUGGGGGUUACACGGAUGAGCCUCUGUCCAAGAUCCUAUCACACGUAGAAGAUGGGAACAUAGUGCAGCUCGAUCGCUGGAACCUCCAUGUGGAGCCAAACCCAGAUGCAAAUCCUGAGGAAAAGGAUGAGGCAGCUGCUGACAAGCUCCCUUUGGAUGUCUUUAAUAACUACUUCAGCCUUGGCUUUGAUGCACGGGUGACACUGGAGUUCCAUGAAUCCCGAGAGGCCAACCCAGAGAAGUUCAACAGCCGGUUUCGGAAUAAAAUGUUCUAUGCUGGGACGGCCUUCUCCGACUUCCUCACCGGGAGCUCCAAAGACUUGGCGAAGCAUGUCAGGCUGGUUUGUGAUGGGACAGACCUGACCCCCAAGAUUCAGGACCUAAAGCCCCAGUGUCUGGUCUUCCUUAACAUCCCAAGGUACUGUGCAGGCACCAUGCCCUGGGGCAACCCUGGGGAGCACCAUGACUUUGAGCCCCAGCGCCAUGAUGAUGGCUGCAUUGAAGUUAUCUGCUUCACCAUGACGUCACUGGCUGCCUUGCAAGUUGGUGGCCAUGGGGAGCGGCUCUGUCAGUGCCGGCAAGUGGUUCUCACCACAUCCAAGGCCAUCCCCAUGCAGGUAGAUGGAGAGCCCUGCAAGCUGGCAGCUUCCUGCAUCCACAUCUCUCUGCGCAACCAAGCCAACAUGCUGCAGAAGACCAAGCGGCGCAACUCCAUGCCUCUGCUCAAUGACCAGCAGCCAGUGCCCGAGCGGCUGCGGAUCCGGGUGAGCCGAAUCAGCAUGCGCGACUAUGAGGCACUGAACUAUGACAAGGAAAAGCUCAAGGAAGCCUCUGUGCCACUGGGGAUCAUCGUGGUUCCAGGAGACAGUGACCUGGAGUUGUGCCGGACCCAGAUUGAGAAGCUGCAGGAGGAGGGAGAUGGAGCCAAGCCAAAGACGCUGUCAUUCCAGAAACUGUCACCCAAGUGGUGCUUCCUAGACUCAACCACGGCCGAUCGGUUCUACAGGAUAGACCGCGCACAGGAACACCUCAACUAUGUGACAGAGAUCUCUCAGGAUGAGCUCUAUGUGCUGGACCCAGAGCUAGUGGUCACUCAGUCUGUGAGCACUUCUCCUGCCAUGCCUGACCUUGUGGACUCAUCUGCCACACCUCCUGGGCACCAUUUUGCAUUUCCCUCCUCUUCCUCCUCUCCUCCCUCCUCUCCUGCCCCCAGCGCUGAGCCUGAGCGUUGCCUCCCACAUAAAGAUGACCUGCUGAUAGAAGCUGCCAAGAGCGGCAACUUCAACAAGUUUCAAGAGCUGCACCGAGCUGGAAGAGACCUGAUGGUGCGAGACUCCUCAGGCCAGACUGUCCUCCACCAUGCUGUCAAAUCAGGAAGCAAGGACAUCGUCAAAUACAUCAUAGAGAAUGCUCCUUCAGAAAUCCUUGAUGCCACAGAGGAGGAGAAUGGUGAAACCAGCUUGCACCAGGCUGCAGCCUUACGCCAGCGCACUAUCUGCCACUACAUCGUGGAGGCCGGGGCCUCGCUCAUGAAGACAGACUUGCAGGGAGACACCCCGAAGCACCGUGCUGAGAAAGCCAAUGACCCCGACUUAGCUGCCUACCUCGAGAACCGACAGCACUACCAGAUGAUCCAGCGGGAGGACCAGGAGACGGCUGUGUAGUGCUUGGCGUGCCUUAGCCCAAGCCAGCUCAUGCAGGAUGAGAAGAGGACAAUACCAACUGGCAGAGCUGUAUCUGGCCCAACCCUACCCAGAUGCCAACCUGGUUCCUGGAGAUGGAUACAGAAGUGCUCUGCCCCAGGCUGGGCUGGGACUCUGUUUGUGAGGACAAUGGAUAUUUCAGACUUGAAGCCUGAUUCUCUGUGUGUCCACCCCUUCACCUCUCAUUCACCACAUUCCCUGCCCUAGGUGGGCUCUAUCCCCCAGCCAUGUUGGAGCAGGCCAGGCUGAAGCCCUCAGUCAACCUUGUUCGUGGGAGUAAGGCCAGUGCCCCCUCCACAGGCUCCUACCUAUGAUCCUUGUGGGAUAUCAUUGCUUAGCCCCUCUCUCUCUGCUGGCAGUGCCCCUCUUUUAGGUGCUUGGCUAGGUUUGUGUCCUGUUCCUCCUCUCCUGUCUGGCACAGCUGUGGGAGCUGCAUGGACAGACUGCAGAGGCUGUGAGCUGCAGACUUUGCCCCAAAGGAAGUGCCACAACUUACUGGCCCUGCCUUCUCCUCCCUCCUGGGGCUGCACCCCAUCUGUGUGUUGCCCUACCCAGAGCCUUCUGCAGUAGGGGGGAAGUCACUUGUGCAGCCAGUCUUUCCUCAGAGCAUCUGGGCCUGGUGCAGCUGGAAGUAGGGCAAGAGAUGUCCUCCUGAUGGGCCUUUAGUGUUCAGCUAGCAGUCUGACUCAGGGCUGGGAUGGCAUGGAGGAAGGCUGCCAAUCCCUCCCACCACACUUCUCUCCACAGGGUUGGGUAGAACAGUUUGCACACCCGCUCUGCUGAGCAUCUCUUUGUGAGCCCUCUGCAGGGUGGUGGAGAGCUGCACUCAACUGGGGCAAUGGCAGCAGUGAUGCCCAUUAUAUUUCCCAAAUACUGACUUGGAUUCAGCUGCCCUCCCUGCUUCAGUUUCCCCCUUAAUGCUAGACUUUGCACGGGGCUGGUCAGGCAGUGCUGGGGUCAGUGCUGCUCUCAGGGAUCCCCUCCUGCCCCCCAGUCUGGCAACAUGCAUCCUCUUAGUCUGACUCCUGCUAUUCCCCAAACUGGGCACAGGGCUUUGCAGGGAAAACUUGAGAGCUCACCCAGCUGAGUUAAAACUCACCUGGGUUGACCAUGAGCUCAUUCUUUCCAGUUUUAGCAGAAAGAGGGAUUUGGAUUCAUAGGAACCACCAGGGCUCCUCGCCCUGAGUUAUGCCUGUAGUACAAUAGAAUUUUACCAACCGCCUGCCAUGGGGCAAGAGGCACCACAAGCCAUCUCCCUUGUUGAUCUGUGACUGCUCGAUGCUGAGACAUCAAGCCAGGCCUUCAGCAAGGCUUUUCUGAGUCCCUGAGACCAGGAGGUACCCACAGAGAAGGAAAACUGAUGGCUCUGAGGCUAGCAGACCUGCUUGGCACUUUUGGAUGGGCAGUGGUUGUAAAGGGGGUUGCUGUUUGCAGCUUGGCUCCAGGAGAGGAUACUGCUGCUGUCGUGUGUGGUCUGUGCAGUUCCCUCUGCGCUCACACACAGCUGUGCCCACUGGGUAGUGUUGGGAGGCACUGUUUGAAUCCCUCCUAGUACCAAGAAAAGGGUAUGAGGAUACUGUAGGGGACCAGAAUACCCUUCAGACUUUUUUCCCAGGGGCAUCCUUGAAGGAUGGAGGAUUCUGUACUGGGGAACAGAGGUGCAGGGCAGUGCAGGGUGCCAGUGGUCGGUGGCAGUACUGGCAAAUAAUAACGAUAGCAUACUAAUGCAUUGACAGCUGGAGCACGCCAAGAGUUCCUGGAGUUCUCAUCAGCACUGCUGGCAGGCCACUGACAAGGCACUGUCAUCUGAGGUCCACACCACUGCUGCCCCAGACAGGAUGCCCAACUUGGCCCAGAGGCAUUUAGAGCCUCAGCUUUCCCCUUCCUCCCUUAUAGUUUUUGUACAGGUAGUUGAGAGACACACUGUCCCCUUCCCUGCCUGGCCCCUCCAUGCACCUGUGAGCAGAGUUGCUGUGCAAUUCCAAGCCUGCUUAUAUUUUGGUGAAGAAGGAGGGGGUGUUGAUCGCCAUGCCCCCUGAGGGCAGGGGUUCUGUGCAAUACCUGGGUCUGUGUUUCUUAGACGCUGUUGUAGGAUUGUAUUUUUGUAACUAUGUGAGGGUGUUGGCUCCAGCCGGCCCAGGGCCUGGCAUGAGCCUGUGUUCCCAUUGCUUUUCAACUUUGACUGUUUGGAUGUUGUUGUUUCUUGACAUUGAAAUAAAGAGAUUGAUGUUUUA